UGCUUAUUAUAUUGUAAAUAGUGCACAAAAGCGAAAAUGUCUUUAGAACAAACUGCUUGUGAUGAUUUGAAGGCUUUCGAACGUCGCCUGACGGAGGUGAUAGGCUGUUUACAACCAGCAACUAUGAGAUGGAGAAUUGUCCUGGCAGUGGUGUCUGUGUGUACUGCAAUCGCUGCUUGGCACUGGCUCACCGAUCCACUCACACCUGUAGUAUCACUAACACAGUCACUGUGGAACCAUCCAUUUUUUGCAUUCACUUCUACAUUUUUAGUAUUACUAUUCAUGAUGGGUGUACACAGAAAAGUAAUAGCUCCAAGCAUCAUAACAGCUAGAACUCGAUCGGUUUUGAAUGAUUUCAACAUGUCAUGUGAUGAGACUGGAAAAUUGAUUCUUAAGCCAAGACCUGCUAAUACUUGAAGCUUAUUAAUUUAUAAUAGACAUUUUGUAAAUAUUAUAAAAAAUUAAAUGGUUGAUCUAAAUAUGCAUUUUAUCAUUAAAGUUCUAGUAUUAUCAUUAAGUAGUAAAACUUUAUUAUAGUAACACAUUAAGUAUAUUAUGGUAACAAGAUAAAUGGAGAUUGUGUAAACAUCUAAUUU